AUGAAUAAGAAAUACAAUAUCUUGAAUAUAUCCAUGAUACAUGAGGAAAAUAAAAAUAUAUCUAAAAGUUUUUUAAAUGUGCAUUUUGAAACAUUAAAAAGGUGUCGGAGGAGAGACAAAAUAAAUGAACUUGUUUUGUUUCUUAAAACUUUUAUUUUUACAUUUUUAUUAUGGACGGAUCUAUGCUUUAAUGAUCAUACCUUCGGUAAAUCAUGGGAUAAUAAUAAUCAUCUAGAGAAUAUAUUUUAUUAUAAAAAUAUUCGAGCAUUAACAGAAAAUGAGUACGAUGUGAAAACAUAUUAUAAAGUACUAGUUGCGAAUUUUAAAGAUAAAUUUCUUGAAAAUGAAGGGAAAAUAAAUCCAAAAACAAACACAUUAAAAUUAAAUAGUAAAUUGAGAAACGAAGAUGAGAAUGUGAAACCUAAACGCAAAUUAUUAAAAGUAAAAUUAAAUGAAAAACUGAGCACUAAAUAUGAAAAUGUGAAACCUGAAUAUAAAUUAUUAAAAGUUAAAUUUAAGGAUAAUUUAAAAAGAAAAGGAGAGAGUAAGAAGUGUAAAAACAGAAAAGGUUAUAUAAAUGUUUAUGACAUUGAUGGAAAUACUCAUAGUAAGAAUAGGAAUGUUAAUUAUAAUUUUAAUUCAUAUGAGGAAAGAAUGUUUCCUGCUUUUCAGAGACAUAUUGUGAACAUAGUAAAAAAUAAUGGAGAUUAUAAAAAUUCAUAUGAGAGUCGCAUUAUACGGGAAUAUUCAAACGAACAUAAAAAGUUUGUGGGAUAUAGUAACUAUGAUCAAAACGGAAAAGAAUAUAUACAUAGAAAUGAAAAUGAUAAUGGCGAUGGCGAUGGUGAUGGGGAUGAAAAUGGAAAUGGAAGUGAAUAUGGGGAGGAAAGUGGAGAUAUAAAUGAAGAUAAGGAAAAAGAUGGAAAUGGAAACGAAUGUAAGGAAGAAGAUGCAAAUGAAGAUAGAAAUGAUAGUGUAUAUGGAAGUGGAGGUGGAAGUGGAGGUGGAAGUGGAGAUGGAAGUGGAGAUGGAAGUGGAGAUGGAAAUAGAAAUGGAAAUGGAAAUGGAGAUGGAAAUAAAAACGAUGGAAAUGGAAAUGAAGAUAAAGAUGGUGACGACAAGGAAAAUAAUGAAUCGAAUGAUAAGAACGAUGAAGAAAAAGAUGAGAAUGAAAAUUCAGAUGACACGGAAAAUAAAGAUAAAAAUGACGAUAUUGCGGAAAAUGAAUAUAACAAACCAAACGUGAUAGAAGUUGAAGAGGUAAAAGAGGAAAAAAUGUUAAGAGAACAAAAUUCUUUAAAUGAAUCUGCAAUAGUAAAUGGAGAGGAUAUGUUAUAUGAAGAGAAAGGGGAAAAUACAAUUAAUACAAAAAAUGAGGAUAGUGAAAUUCAAAAGAAAUUAGAAAAAGGAAAAGAAGAUGUUAUUGAUGAUACAAUAUUAGAAAUGACUGAGCAUAAUGAAAAGGAAACAUAUAAAAAUUUUGACGAAGAUAGUGGAAAAAAUAUAUCUGUAAAUUUUUUUAGAGGUAAAUCUGUGAAAAAAAUGAAAUUUUAUAAUAUAAUAGAAGGAAAUAUAAAAAUUAUAAAAGGGUAUGUAGAUAAAAUGAUAAAUUGGUGUUUGACGGAAUAUGAUAUCUUAAAAAAAAUAAUAGAAAAUUACUUAGGGGACAAUAUAAAUAAAAAUAAGCAUGCAGAUACAAAUGUAAAAGAAACGGGAAUUUUAAGAAAAAAUAUUAUUGAAUUUACAUAUAUUACUGAUGACAAAAAAGAUAAUGAAGAUAGAAAAGCAGAAGAAAACAGAAGUGCAGGUGAAAUAACAUCUGAAAAAACUAAAAAUGUACUACUAGCAAACAUAGGUGAAUCAUUUAUAAUGAGUAUAUUAGAAAAAACAAGUGAUAUAGCUAAAAAAGGUGCAUUAUAUAUAGAUGCUAUGUUAGAUAAUAUUUGUGCAUUAGCUAAAAAGGGUGCAUCAUAUAUAAAUAGUAAGUUAUAUAAUAUUGUUAAUUUUGCUAAAAAAUGUGCAUUAUAUAUAGAGGGUAGAUUGAAUAAAACAUGUAUGUUAGCUAAAAAACGUGCAGUCGAUAUAAUGGGUAUGUUAGAAGAAAUUAGUGAUAUAGCUAGAAUAUAUGCAAUAAAUAUAAUUGGUGCACUAUAUAAAAUUGGCUAA